UCAAUGUGGAAGACAAAACGAAGCACCGUUAAGGGUUACUUCCUAGCUGGGGGCGAGAUGGUCUGGUGGCCGGUGGGGGCCUCCCUGUUUGCCAGUAAUGUUGGCAGCGGGCAUUUCAUUGGCUUGGCUGGCUCUGGUGCGGCCUCUGGAAUUGCUGCCACGGCCUACGAAUGGAAUGGGAUGUUUUGUGUCCUGGUGCUGGCAUGGCUGUUUGUUCCCAUCUAUCUUGCAAGUGAGGUUACAACCAUGCCAGAGUAUUUGCAGAGACGGUUUGGUGGCAAAAGGAUUCAGAUCUUCCUUGCAAUUCUCUACUUGUUUAUCUAUAUAUUCACCAAAAUUUCAGUUGACAUGUAUGCUGGGGCUCUCUUCAUCCAACAGGCCCUGCACUGGGACCUCUACAUAGCGGUCACCGGUUUGCUGGUCAUCACUGCAAUUUACACUGUGGCAGGGGGCCUGGCAGCGGUCAUCUACACGGACACCCUGCAGACGGUCAUCAUGCUGGCUGGCGCCCUCACCCUGAUGGGCUUCAGCUUUGCCAAAAUUGGAGGCCUCGAGGACCUGAAGAACAGAUACUUCAAAGCCAUCGCAAGCAACCACCACGGAAACACCAGCUGUGGUUUGCCAAGACAGGAUGCCUUCCACAUAUUCCGGGACCCUGUCACAUCCGACUUUCCCUGGCCGGGAAUCAUAGUGGGAAUGACCAUCCCAUCUUUGUGGUACUGGUGCACUGACCAGGUCAUUGUCCAAAGGUCUCUGGCGGCAAAGUCUCUCUCUCAUGCCAAGGGCGGGGCCCUGCUGGCCUCCUACUUGAAGAUCCUGCCUCUCUUCAUGAUGGUCUUGCCUGGCAUGAUCAGCCGUAUCCUCUUUCCAGAUCUAGUGGCCUGUGCUGAUCCCAAAUCCUGUAAAGAGAUCUGUGGCAAUCCAUCUGGAUGUUCAGAUAUUGCGUACCCCAAACUUGUCAUUGAGCUUCUGCCACUGGGACUAAGAGGGCUUAUGAUGUCGGUCAUGAUCGCAGCACUGAUGUCCUCUUUGACUUCAAUCUUCAACAGCGCAAGCACCAUUUUCACCAUGGACCUUUGGCGACAUCUUCGACCUCUGUCUUCUGAAUGGGAGCUCAUGAUCGUUGGCAGGGUGUUUGUUCUGCUCCUUGUGAUCAUUUCCAUCCUGUGGAUCCCCCUGGUGCAAGCCAGCCAGGGUGGGCAGCUCUUCAUCUACAUCCAGACCAUCAGCUCUUACCUGCAACCUCCCGUGGCCAUCGUGUUUAUCCUCGGAUGCUUCUGGAAGCGGACAAAUGAGAAGGGGGCAUUUUGUGGUCUUUUGGUUGGCAUGGUGAUCGGCCUAAUCCGGAUGGUUUUGGAUUUCGUCUACCUGCAGCCGGGCUGUGGGGAGUCAGAUGACCGUCCGGCUGUGGUGAAAUAUGUGCAUUAUCUCUACUUCUCCAUGAUCCUGGGGGUGAUCACGCUCAUUGUGGUGGUGGCUGUCAGCCUCUUGACGGAGGCCCCCCCGGAGGAAAUGGUUAGCCGCCUCACCUGGUUCACCCGCAAGGAUGUUCCAAGAAAAAAUGAUGCUCCAACUGCAUCGUUGUCCAUUCCAGUCAGAGGUAACAAUGAGGCUGGUCUUUCUCCUCUGGGGCAACUGGAAAUCAUGGAUGGCCCAGAAAACAUUUGCAAAAAACAUUCAGGUCCCUUGGACACAAAGAAGAAGGAGAAGAAGUCUAAAUUAAUGAGCCUGUUUUUGUGGCUCUGUGGGAUGGAGAGCAGAGAUAAGGACUCACCUGGGAUGCCUGCUGAGCCCAAAGCUGGAGUCAGGGCUUCACUUGAUGAACCACCUCUGGUGAAGCACAUCCUCAACAUCAACCUGGUCUUGUGCAUGAGCGCUGGGGUCUUUCUCUGGGCCUACUUUGCAUAGCAUUGGACCAGGCCAGCCAUUGCAGAGACACUCUUCUUGCUUCCACACCUGGGGAUGCCAUCCAGAACAAAAGAGCAUCAAAAAUAAGAUGACAUGACGAUCCUGCACAUUAUAUAUAUUUUUAUAUUCCCUAGAAAAAAUGGUAGAAUUAUGUGAAGAAUUCAGCUUUGGCUGGAGCAGGGUAGC